AUGACUUCAUGGGACACUGGCGCAGGACUUGAGAUGGAUAUCCCCUUUCGUGAACUUGGUACUUUGGAACGCUUCUAUAUUGCUCGCAAUAAUCUCAAAUUUUUCAACUCCAGCACUGUCACUGCCAUCUACCAGCUCCCUGCCUCUCUAUCUAAACAAUCACUUCUUAAUCUCCCAUAUUUCAAAGCGCUCAUCUACAAAUCCGUCGCCUCAACUAUCCUUGCUCAUCCUUUCCUCUCUGUCAGCAUAGAGGGGGAAUCUUCAGCAAACCCUCGAUGGAUCCAUCUCUCAAGAAUCAAUCUCAGCAAGGUCGUUCAAUUCGUCCAUGUGAAUCCAGAGAAUGGGAUUGAAACAUUCAUUGAAGAAGGUCUUCAGAGAGGGUUUGAGAAUGAAGCGGAAGGCAAAGGUCCUCUCUGGAGGGUCUUCAUGGCUUCUCCAGGGUUCACUGAUGAAACCAACAGAGCUACUGCACCGGGAGACCAAGACAUAAUCAAUUUGGCAGUUGGCUUCUUCUUCCACCACGCAAUCUGCGACGGACUAUCAGGCGCCAGUUUUCAUAAAACUUUCCAAUCACAUCUCAACUCUCUCCUCGCGAGUGCCACUCUAUCAGACUUUGGCUCGAAAUGCGUGAAUCCUACAACUAUAGAAACACUAUUGGAGGUGCCUAGGCAGCUCCUACCGCCAAAUAUGGAAGAAGCCAUCAACCUAACUACAUCCAUCUCCUUCCUUCUUCGACGGCUCUUCUUGGCCGUUCUGUAUCCUACAGACCGUCUAAAAUGGACAGGUCCGCUCAUCCCGCAGAACAUCCCGCCUCGGCGACUGGCCCGCAUAAAAUCAUUCUCUCUGGAUUCUGAAGUAACAGAGAAGCUAGUCACGAGAUGUCGAAAAGAGAAAACGACCAUUACCGCACUUACGACUGUGCUACUGGCGAGAGAAUCGGCGCAAAUCUUUGCAACUGAGAAGUCUAGCAGGUUUGAGGUUCCAAUCGCUAUUUCAAUGAGAAGGUUUGCUGUAGCGCAUAGCGGUGUCACUGAUGAUACUAUUGGCGUAUAUGUCUCGGCCGCAAAACCCAUAUUUUCUUGCGAGAACCCAACGCCAAGGGGGUAUAUUUCUUGUUGCUCUCCCUCAUCGCCUGGGUUAGAAGGAAGUGACGAACAACUAUGGGAUUCCGCGCGUGAAACCAGACAAUACAUAGCAACGGCUACAAAUUCUCCCGCAGAUCAGGAUAUUGGGGCACUGAAGUUGGUCCGCGAUUUCCAGAAGUAUUUCACUGGCUUACUUGGUGGAAAGAGGCAGAGUGCUUUUUUGCUUACGAAUUUGGGGGUUGUUGAGGGCACUAGUGGUGAUCGCGAUCUCACUGCCAAGGCAACCCUUAGCAAGCUGUUCUUCGCGAACAUGCCGUCAAUGUAUGAUGGACCUCUUUUGCUUGCUAUGGCGACAGUAAAAGGAGGAGAUAUGACUCUUUGUCUCGGCUCUGAAAGGGGCGUUAUAAGGGAGGACCAUGUCAAUAUUAUUAGGAACAAUUUGGAACAUCGACUUAGAAGCAUUGCGAAUGAAUAA